UGGCAUGAGAAUCUUUUUUUUUCAUAGAAAAUAAGACUCCAGAGAUAAGACCUUGGAGGACCUUCAGCUCCACCAAACUUGUUUUAGGUUACUGAAUAACCUAUUGUUAAGGAUUAAGCUUACUUGGGGUGGUGUGAGCGCAGGCUUUACGAAGCAGACGUCCUUUGAAAUGGCUUUACCCCUUUCAACACAAGCACACCAUGAGCUGAUGAAAUCAUCCGGAACGACGUCGUACGUGACGCCAUCAUCAAACAUGGCUGACAAAGAAAACACAAACAUGGAAGUCGACCAGGAAAAGAAUAAACCCUUUACUAACAAAGUUGAGUCACUCGUUGACGAGGUGACCCAACGAACAGGCAACCAGAACGAUGUCGAAAGCAAGAAAAGCGCCGGUGAAAGCCGCGCCACAGCGGAAUACUGCGAGCAGCUGCAGGCGUGGAUGUGGCAGUACUACACUGGAUAUGUCAACUGGCAGAGCUGGAUGGCAGCGUCAGCCAUGCCCUGCCCUUAUUACUUACACCCAGCGGGGAGCACGUCGACGGUUCCGCUUGACAUUAACUCCCACACCUGGUAUAACGGCCCGUUUGGUCCUCCGUUGUCGUCGUACCUACCUGCCGUCACCUCCACGAGCAGCCGUGCAGGUGAAGCGGCUGGCGGGGCUGCAGUGACCGCUCAGCCGCAGCAGCUGCCGCAGGAGAAUGGGAACGCACAGAGACCAGGUCGGGAAUAUAGUAUUCCUUCACCUCUCCAAAGACUCAUGGCUGAGAUGGUGGAUUUCUUCAUAUUGUUUUUCAUCAAAGCAACCAUAAUCAUCAGUAUUAUGCACCUGAGUGGAAUCAAGGAUGUUUCCAAGUUCGCCAUGCAUUUCAUAGUGGAGGAAAUAGAUGAGGACACAUCGAUGGAGGAGCUACAGAAAAUGAUGCUUGUUGCACUUGUGUACCGGAUAUUAGUGUGUUUUUAUGAGAUUGUGUGCAUCUGGGGCGCAGGGGGAGCCACUCCAGGGAAGUUUCUCAUUGGACUCAGAGUUGUUACUUGUGACUCAUCGGUUCUGGUUCAGCCUAACAGGGUGCUUGUUGUGCCGGCAACUAAUGUCUCUCUGUCUGCAUCAACUGUACGAGCCUUGAACAAGAACUUUUCCAUCGCCUUCUUUUUCCCGGCUUUCAUCACACUUCUGUUCUUCCAGCACAACAGGACUGUGUAUGACAUGGUAGCUGGUACAAUUGUUGUCAAGCGCUCCAGAGUCAGAUGACGCAGAAGAGCGCAGAAGGGAAUCCAACUGUAAUGCUCAGCAGGCACCGUGUGAUGUUUUUGUUAAAAAUGCCUGCAGAACUUAAACAUGGUCCUUUCCAGGUACCGUCAGAACACGCAGGAGUGUUUAGAUGUUUGCAGAGUUUGAUACCCAUCAGUAUGAACUGUUUCAGUUCCCUACAACUUGUGUUUGGUUUGUCUCAGACACGUACUGUAUUUCUGCAUGUAUGUCUACAUGCUGCUUUCAGAAUCUGUCCCUGUGCCAAAUUGAUGUCUUCUUCCUGAAGACAGGAAAAAUGACGGUACAUGCUACUUUUCCAGUAAUACUCCUUUCAGAUCAAGAGCAAAUGUCUUGUAUCACUCAGUAUUUAAGUCGCUAAUCAUGCAUUUAUGAGAUUAUACCUUUAGUAUCUCUUUGUAUUAAAAAAAAUGUCUUAAGAGUUGUACGCUCAGACUUUUCAUUUUAGGGUUGUUGACCUUAAUCUCUGCAGCAGUGAUGCACCAUGCUCAGCCCUCUAAGCUGCUGAAGUACUUUGGUUUAAAGGCACAUUUAAAUGUAUUGAAGGGAAAUGUAAACUUGACUCAGAUUGCUAUUCCUCUACUCUGAACUCAGCAUGUGUGUGACGGCGAAGUUAAU